GCGACCUUUUCCUUUAGUCCUGUAUAUUUUCCCACUGCUAUUACUUUGCAACUAUGCACAAGGUGUUGACAGUUCCGCUGAUUAUAGAGGGGAUCUUUGGCUACCUAUUCAGCGACGCGCUUGGUCUGCAGGCAGAACGCGGUGACUCCACAUCGCUGAAGGCAAAGUUCAAGCUGGCAGGCGUCUGCCGCUUGUGGCGGAAGGUGCUUGGCCAUCGUAUCUUCGACCAGCUCUGCUUCCGCAUUGGACACCGUAGGACCCAGGAAUCCAACAACAGCGGAUCUAUCACCAAGACCAUAGUGGCCGGCGAUCGAUAUGUCUACCGGACAAAUAUGGAUAUGGUUUUGCCGUCGGUUCCUCUGCGCCGACUCGUCCUCCAUAUCGGCAAGGGAGAUGUAGUCACAGAAGAGAUGGUCGAAUUUCUCACUCAGAGCGUAUUUGCUGGGCAUAGCUGGCCGUCUGUCCAAGCCGUAUCGAUUGGCAUUGGUACGGAUUUUGGAUUCGACACCAUUAACAGCACAAGGUUUCGCCAGUUGGAGCAUGUGGUGCGCGCUAUCAUCAAAUGUGCACCCAACACUAUCGACUUUGCUAUUGUAUCUGCCAACAUUGCCGGCCCGCCAAUUGACUUAAUGGCGGCACUGGGCGGCAGUGCAGAAGGUAUAGCAUCGCUGAAGCUACAGUAUUGUGACACAACGGACUAUUCGCGGCUAGUCCUGCCAGCACUGACGGCUCUGUCUAUUACCACUAUGCAUGCAAACAACGUGCGCUCAGUUCCGGUCUUCAAUCCCGAGGUUGUCCGGUGCCUCGAGUUUGCCGCUGUUUAUUCCGAUUCGCUGCUCCAUGCGUUUGUCAGAGGAGCGAGCGGUCAGACUGUGACAUUCCCGCAGCUUGAGAAACUGUAUAUAACCUUCACCCCAGACAUUAGUGGGCUAGAUUCCGAGGGCAGGUGGAGCGAGUACCAGUUUGAGUUCCCGAAGCUGCGCAAUCUUUAUAUCGACCCCAAGAAUACGCCCCACUGCACGGUGUCAGAGGUGUUUUCGCAUGCGCCGCUUCUUGAAACGCUCAGUGUAUACGGCAACCAGCAGGCUAUGGUUGGCUGGGACCUGUCACGGUAUCCAAUGCUGCAUACAGUCAACAUCCGCAGCGACAGUCUUUCACAGCCACUCAGCAUGGCGGAUAUGCACAAGUACUUGCUUGGGCCAACAUCAUCUAUCCGCAUGCUCUCGGUCGCCACAACCAGCCCCCUGGAUUUCGAGUCUGUUCAGUUCGGAUGCAUGUUCCUCUGCACGCUCGAACUAGACUUCAUCGUGUCUCGUGCAGUGUUUGAGCAUGUUUUGCCGCAGCUCCUGUACCUGAAGCGGAUGAAAGUAUAUUACAAAAUCACGGCCUGGGACAGCAGUGCAGAUGAUGGCAGCAACAGCAGAAUGCUGGAGGCUGUACGCAGUGCUGUAUCUGCUUGCCCAGCUGAGCCGCUCAGCACCUCGCUCCAGCAGCUGACUGUCUGUGAUGCGUAUCAUUUGUAUGGCAGGUCGACCACCACGAAUGCAUCGUAUGGGCCAGGUGCAGCACAGGUUAUUGGCAUCGCAGCGAGGAUUCCGUCGCUUAUGCGGAUGAAGUUUGUGUGGAGCACUGCAUCCGACAGGAUGCCCCUCGCCGAUAUCUUUGCAGAUGAGAGGGUUCAAGGAGCAGCCAGGCAUUUCGCUGAUAUUGCCGCUUUUGACUGACCAGGGGUAGAUGCAAAGCAGAAUAUAUCCGUGUAUGUCUGUAGUGAUGGGGAGGCGAACAGGAUUUGGAAGGCACUGGCAAUUGGACUAUGAGCCACAGCACUAGCGGGCAUUCACAAGUUGGGUCGUCUGAGUGCUGGUUGUUUCUUAGUGAGAGAGCAAAAAGCGGUGACUCACAACCAGAGAUCCACGUUUCUGUUAGAAUCAACCGAGGCUUUUUUUUUGCUGUGUUCGCUUUGCUAGGCGGGAGCAGAGAAUGCGUGAUAUAGAGCAGCCUCCAGAGC